AUGCCUCACCCACACCAGCAUUGGCUGUACGUAUGGACACCGCUCGUCGGUUCCUUCAUGUGGUUCGGCACGCUAUGGGCGAUGCUCAUCACCUGGCUCGCGAGCGGGCAGCCCAAGUACCCGUCCCAGGACGGCAGCAUCGCCUACAUCUCCGACAUCGGCGCCGGUAUUCUCAAGCCCCUCUUCAUCACCGGCUGCGUGAUCACCGGCCUGUCCUUCUUCCUCUCGCUCUCCAUCGAGCGGUGGCUGCGGCAUGAAGGACGAUUGCUCCCCAACAUGCGCCGACGCGAGAAGGUCCUGGCCAGUUUCGCGAUCUUGGGUGCCUUCAUAGGAGGAUGCGGGCUCAUUCUACUGUCGAUCUUCGACACGAACCGCUACCCGUCCCUUCACCGUAUCUUUUUGCUGGUGUUCAUACUCGGGGUGGGCCUCAGCGCCAUCUUCACCGUUACAGAAUAUCGCUGGAUCAGCCACGAAUUCGACGAGAUUCGCAAGCUGAAGAUCGCAUAUGUCGUGAAGGGCUCCAUUGCCACCAUUCUCAUCCUACUCGCGAUUGCUUUCGCGGUCACCUUGUUCGUUGCAGUCAAUGUCGGAGCUGUCUUGGAAUGGACGAUCGCGUUCGGUUUCACGUUCUUCUUGCUCACAUUCUUCUGGGACCUCCGCAUGGCAAAAGGCGUCCAUCAAGGCGAGCUCUCCCGUCAACGCUUGCUGCGCAUGCGGCAGACCGGUGAAACGGGGCUGCCUACGCACGUGGCGAAUGAUGUAGGGGCCGGCUCAACGUCACGGCGCUGA